AUGCCCAAGUUCCCUCUUCUAUUCUUCGCCAUAUUCAUUGCUUGCUCUUCGGGAGCUGCACCAUCCGGCAAUGAGAUCGACAAAUUGUUCAAUGAGCCGACAGUCAAGUGUUCGCCACCACUUAUGACGGAAUUUCUAGGAAAAAGCGAUGCGAGCGAACCGGUUGACAACAUUAUGAAUGGACUUUUAAAGGUUGAACAGGUCUAUAAGAACCUCAAAACGCAAUGGAAGAAGAUAAUGAACGAGAAAACGGAGACGAUCACGAGGGCAAGUACCACCACCACCACCACUGGCGCCACAAUCGAUUCCGAUGAGUUCGACGACGACGCACAUGACGAAUUCACCGAUAUCUCGGCGCCGAGUUCCGAUGGAUUUGAUGACAUCACCGCCAUCGCGAGUCCGUCGCAACAAUUGGCCGAGAUUCAGAACGCGAUCAUCAGCACGUUCAAUGAUGCGACGACGAUACCAGUGAGUCACGCGAAAAUUGCCGUCGUCGCGACGAAGGCCACCGCUGAGCCCAAAUUUCCGACGUUGAUUCCGAUGGGCAACGAGGCGGAUUCGACGGAAGACUAUGGACCGGAUCCGUUUUUGAAGAUGAAUGAGGUUGUGGUGAAUGUGACGAGGCCGACGACAGCUGCUAGUACGACUAUGAGCACUACAACGACAGUUCCAACUAGCAGCCCCACAACUACUACUACUACUACUACGAUUGCUCCAACUACCAGCACUACGACGACGAUAGCUCCAACUACCACUACUAGCACUACUAGCACAGCUUCACCUACUACUACGACCACUACCCCUCCAGGCAUUGAGCAGCCCACUAGAUCUACACGAAGGCUCAACACCUUCCAACAUCCCCGAUCCACCUUCUUCUCAUCCGGCCGUCAUCCCGACGCGCAACCGGCGACGAAUCUCUUCGAUCAUCCGCCGCCCGUUCACAUCUCGUUCUACAACGCGAAAGUGCGGCCGGCCGGCGGCGAUGUGGCGAUUCUCGGAAGGCCGAUCUACGGGUUGCUCAAGACGCCGACGAAUGAUGCGAUGAAGUCGUUUCCCAUCGUCAAAGACGCCGAAAUGGAAUUGAAGACGUUCAAUAGCGUCGACAUGAGUUUGCCGGCGUGGGUAGCCAAAAGCAAACGGAAAAGAGCGCGAGGCGGCAUGAACGCCGCGCGACGUCAAUAUCAGAAGGAGUUCAUGUCGCAGAUUCGCAAGGUUCGCAAACUCGACGAGGACAUCAUCAAAAUCGCGAGCAUGAACGAUUAUGGGAGGAGCCAGAGCUCGAAACAAUGCUCGCCGAUUUAUGCGCAAGCAUUGAGUAUGCAGCAAAUUCGGCGAAUGUCGGCCUCGAUGGGCCUCAACGAUGUGGCUCGUGUGAUUCAGAAGGCGUCGGAUACGACGUUCCCGACGACGAUGGACUCGUCGGAAAUCGAGGACAUUCUCGAGCACAAACGAAAAACGAUAGCGAUGAUCGAGAUAUUUUUGAGUUUGUCCGAAUCGCGCGCGCUUCUUUUUGAUCUACUCCAGCAGCAGCGGCGAAUUGUUGAGAAGCUCGUCGCCACUGCGUCGGCACUUCAUCCCAUCGCGCCAGCGACGCCACCGACCGUCAACUCGUUGUCGGACAUCUCGGAGCUGACCGCCGCCGUCGAGCAGCUUCUCGGCAAUGAGGACGCGCGACGCGUGAUCGCCUCCGAAGCGAUGCGAUCGAGGAUGAUGAAGAAGAAUAAGAAGCCGAGAAAGAAGCCCUACCUUCAAGAGACCGCCGAGAUUGUUGAGCCCGUCCUCGACGAGCCCCGAAUUCCAGCGGCGCAAUUCUCGGUGCCGACGAAGCUCUCGCAAGCGAUUCCGUUCCCUCGAAAGACGACUGUCGAUCAACUGAUUCCGGCCUCGCAAUUCUCGGAGCCACCGCGACCAUAUCAAACGAUUCCAUUUGCGAUCGAGGUGAUUGUUGUGACUACUCAGCUGCCGACAAUUGCCAAUCAAAAUUUCUUGCAGGCUAUUCGCCCGCCACCACCUCAGCCAGUCUCGCCGCCGAUUCUCUCGAUGUCACCGCCACGACUAUUCACGCCACUCCAAUUCGCCGCGCGCCAUCUACCCACCGCCAAGGCGAUUCGUCCGCCAUUCCAGCCGCCGACCGACGAGGAGGUCACCGACGACUCCACACAUGAGCUCAUCGACAUGCUGCACGAGGACAUUCGCGAGCUGCCCGACAAGCAAUUGGAGCAAUGUCGACAGAUCGAGUGCAAUUUCGAGCACGGCGAUUUGUGCAAUUUCGAAUCGUCGCACGAUGAGACGACGCGGCGACGCAGGCGGCAAGCGAACGAUGAUCUGCUCGCGUUCACGUUCCGCGCGUGGAGCAACUGGAUGGGACGGCACUCGUUGAAGCAAAAACAGAUCGACAUUGGACCCGACUUCUCGCGAAAGAACACCCAUUUCGCCGCCGUGUUCGUCGAACCCCAACAAUCGGGCGUCCUUUCGACGUCGCUCGUCCGAACCGACACACCAAUCAGCAUCCGCUUCCGAAUCUUCGAGGGAAGCCGCGGCAUUCGGUUGCGCGUGUGCUGCGAUGAGCACUGCCCGUUGGAAACCGAGCUCGGCGUCUAUCGAGGCCAUCGGCAUUGGCUCAAGAAGACCGUCGUCUGCCCGCCCGGAAGCCGAUCGCUCAUCUUCGAAUGCCUCAAUGAAGGCGACGAUCGCGGCGCGUGCGGCGUCGACGACAUCUUCGUCUCAUCCGGUGGUUGUGCGGCUCUCUUCAAGGGUCCCGAUCAAGCCUAA